UGUAGACGAAAUUAAUUUAAGUAUUAAAAUCACGCGACGUCGUACUACGCACGCGAACGACGGAUUUAAAAAUAUUCAGUGUUCUUUCAAUUUUUUUUCAUUAAAAGUUAUUUUCUUUUUUUGUGUGCCAAGUUGUGACCCGUGUUAAUAUAGUUGGAGGCAGUAUUUUACUUGGUUUACCUCAUCUAAGGCUUUCACAGUGUAAUUAUAGAUAAUUCAAAAACGAAAACAUGAACGAGGCAGACCACAGUGCAGCGCUCAUACCAAAACCGAGCAAUGUCAUAAACUCCACAUAAAAUGUCAAUAAGCAACCAUCUCAUGUCCAAGUAUCGAAAACCAAUGCAAUGUCAAACGGUGCAGGGGAACAUGAGAAAACCGACCAAAUUCAAAAUGAACAGAAUCUCAAUACAUUUUCUUAUGACGAUAGCCAUCUUAGCUUUGUUGCCUUAUAGCUCGACAUUGAGUUUACCGAAUGGUGACCCUGCUCCAGGGAGGUCGCCAGGUCCACCUGAGUUAGAGGACAAAGAGGUUUCAACGGAUGAUAAGGUUAUAGAAGUUGGAGAAGUGUAUGAUGAAACAACGACUAGUGAAGAAGUGGAAGUUACGACGGUGAGUGAAGUAGUGAGUGAAAGAACGGUGGAUAUCAGUGAUGCUUGUGCCUUCGCGAGGAUCCCGAGUGACAGUGACGAUAUUGUCACGCUCAGUGAUAAUGAUAGUGACGUUAAUCUGACGCUUAGCCAUCCGGUGUUCGAGACAGACGAGCUAGUUCGAGGAGUUGUUUAUGAUGUUCACCUUCAGUUUGAGGAGUUGACGCUACGCGACUAUGUCCUUCACUCCAUAGUGAACAACUUUAUCAUAGGCAACUUCACCCCAACCACCUUCGCCGAGCGGCCGUGCAGAGAUGAUUCUCUUCCAUAUUUCCUACCGAAACACAGGCGUUCCGAGCGCUCAAAACAUAUGAAAAAGACCAAACGAUACGGGGAUACCUACAGGACAUUCGGAGACUAUAGUUUAAAAAGUGUAGAUAGCCUUAGUGAUGGAUAUUACUUCAGACCAAAGUAUCGUAGUUAUAGUAGAGAUGAGAGGUCGGUGUACAGAAGGAUUGCCAAGAGUUUGCGAAUGAGAAGACGGUAUCUGCCGGCGAAGGUGGUGAGUGGACCGCUGGCCAGUAGGACGUCGGUGCUGCUGCAGUGGUCGCUGAACGACGCCGUGCAUUUAGAUAGCGAGGGGACUAGUGUUGUUUUUAGGUUACGAUAUAGGAAGACGACGAGUGCCACCAUUUACCAAGUGUUCUUUACAAAAAAAUUAAGAUUAGAUUGUGCGAUACGCCUAAGAAAUGUACGCGCGGGUCGCGUGCACUCGGGUCACGUGCCGCGCACGCACGGCUGCCGCGUGCUGGUGCCGGCGCCGGGCCCGCGCAGUGCCGUCCUCAUCGAGCUCCAUAAGCUCAAUGUGCCCUGCUCCACUGGGUUCAUCCGCUUCGCUCCUAACACUCCCACCCUGUGCGGCAAACUGGACCAAAUACCGCUUCCCAACAGAAAGUUCCUCUACACCUCAUCAUUUAAGAACCCCGCCAUAGAACUACACGGCCGGCCCACGUUCGCCGCGGUAUACCGUCUAGUAGACCAUUGCCAUGAUGUUCUACUUACGGGAAGAAACGGCUCGUUCGAAGUCGGCCCGACAAUCAAACUGUCAUGUUCGUAUGAGAUCCACCUGCCAUACGGCAACCGUGUCGCUCUGCGGCUACAAAUGGGCACAGGACCAAUGGAUGCGAAAGAAAACGACGUGUCCAAUAUAAUACAUGAAGACGUGCAAGCGUUGUGUAGAGGGAUGGAAUUAAGUUUAGAAGACGGAGAUUCUAAGUGGAAGCAUUGUUCCCAGCCUGGUGACCCUUUGAGAAGUGUUCAGAUUGUGUCUGAAGGAAAUUCCGUGCGUUUGAAUAUUAGUAUAACUACUAAGAAAAAUACGUCAGCUAUGUGGUUGAAAGUGUGGUGGAUGGACAAAGCCAUAGAGAACAUCGUGGGGCAUUGUGACUAUGGGUGGGUGCUGUCUGGGGAUUUCUGCAUAUCAGCGGUGCGAGAGGCAAAGAAGGCAUGGAGACAAGCGGAGGCGGAGUGUGUGAGGCUGGGAGGACACCUCGCCAGUGUGCUGAAUGAGAGACAACAGCAAAUAAUGGACCAACUACUUAUACAUGCUCCCGGUGCUGGAGUAGACGACGUGUACUGGAUCGGAGCGACUGAUGCCGUCCAUGAAGGCGAGUUCCGAUGGUCGGAUGGACUACCCUUCUCUUAUGCACACUGGUUUCCCGGCUGGAGAAAGCACAGUGGCCAGCCCAAUGAUGAUGGCACAUCAGGCCAGGACUGCGUGGAGGCCCGUCGCGAGUUCCCUCCACGACCACCACCAGCUGCCACCACCUUCAUGUGGAACGACAGAGGAUGCAGGGAACAUAACUACUUCGUCUGCGAGAAACCUAGUGUUGAAGAUCCCUACAUCGCGUCCAAGAUCCUUUGUAACGAGACGAUAGUGCUGUCUCACUCGCACCCGCACGCUAUAAUAUCGAGCCCCGGCUUCCCCCGUCCGUACCCUGAUGAUGUUGAGUGUGUGAGUGAGAUCCGAGCGCCGCCUGCACAUACCCUGAGACUGCACUUCGAAGAGCUGCUAACUGAACAUGAGCCGCAUUGCAGCUACGACUACCUAGAAAUCACGGAGGAGGGUGUGGACAACAGCAGUGACCACGCGCAGGAGUGGCAGUUACAUGAUCAUCACGAAGCAUUCAGCUCUGAUACUGAGAUAUGGGAAGAAACAGAGACUCAGCUGCCAGAAUCGGAUGCAAUCAGCGCAGGUUGGAUGAGGGAUGCGCACGCGACUCGCGCACGACGUCUGUGCGGUGAUUGGAGCGGGAAGCUCAAAUUACUGCGCUACCAAUCACGGGGAAACGUGCUGCGCCUGCGCUUCAGAUCCGACCACUCACGACACUACGCUGGGUUCCGAGCUAAAGUCACCGUCACUGAUUCGCAAUCUUGUAUGGACUCGAAGCAAGUUCUGUUCAAUGGGCACUGCUACCUGUUCUCCGGUUACCCGAAAGCAUCCUGGGCGACUUCAAAACAGGUAUGUGAGGGCCUGAACAUGCAUCUAUCAUCAGUCCAUUCAGCAGACGAAGAACGGUUCAUAGUCUCAGGCAUCCGACAAAGCAGCGAUUACAGCGCUGGUUCUAUUUACUGGCUGGGAGCCCGUCUAGACGGUGAAGAGGAUGGAACUUUGAGCUGGAUUGAUGGAAGCGCUGUAGGGUUCCAGGGCUGGCCACCUUAUAAUGACACCGAAGAAAUAGAGGAUGCGUGUUUGGGUAUUCAGUGGAAGUCCUCACCAAUCCCGUCUCUACCUAGUGGCUUGUUUUGGACCUUACACAAGUGUGGGAUGACAGGCGGGUACGUGUGCAAGCGACGUCUCAACCCAGAGCACGUAGUCAAGAACAGAACAGUUGAAGGAACUUCUGGAGUGCUAACAAGUCCCAAUCAUCCUGGCAUGUACGACAACGACCUUGACUUCUGGGUACACGUGGUAGGCCCUGAGGACACGCGCCUAGUUUUUGUUUUUCAGAGAAUCGAUUUGGAAUAUCAAAAAGACUGCCUUUACGAUUUUGUUGAGCUACGCGACCCAUGGAGUAUGAAAUCUUCAAGAUACUGUGGCUCCGUCGGCGAAGCACGUUGGGUCGCCUCCACCAACAGGGCGGUGCUGUACUUCCAUUCUGAUUACAACACCCAAGGUUCAGGGUUCUCAGUGACAUGGCGAGCGGUGGAGCUGGUCGGUUGCCCAUCACAGACUAUCACAUCUAAAGAAGGAGUCCUAAAAAGUCCUAACUACCCUCACUUUCUACUGCCCAACCUGGAUUGUACCAUCAAUAUUCUGGCUCCUACAGGCAAACGAGUCUUCCUGAACAUUAGUUUCUUCGACUUUGGUUACGGAGUGUUUGCAAAGGGCGUCCCUAUCAACGUCACGGACUCGAUACCUGAGGACUCCUUCAUUGAUGUCCAGAUUGACCCUCAGAACCCUCCCAUCAGGCCGUUCCUAAACCCCAACAUCCUGACCAAUGGCCUCUUUGUGUCUCAAUCCGAAAUACUCCGACUGAGGAUCAAAACUGGAGAGAAUGUCACGGGACAAGGGUUUUUGGCGUAUUAUAAAACGAUAAGCUACCUGAACGCGUCGCACGUGUUGGAAGUAGCGUCCGGCGUGGGCGGUCGCCUGUCUGCGCCCAACUGGCCGCAGCUGGCGCCGGCGCGCGCCGCACUGCGCACGCGCCUCGUGGCGCCACACCAACACACACUCACACUGGCCUUCACGGCCACAACACUCGUCGCUACUGGAGACGAUCCCUGGCCAUGCGGCCUGGGGAGCGGGUGGAUACAGGUGAAAGACAGCUACACAGACAACAACGGAACGGAAUGGACUCUGUGCGAGGUAGACAGGAGUAAGAGGAAGCUGGAGCCGCGCGCGCCGCUCGUCAUCAACUCGUACUUACACUCACUCAGUGUCACUCAACACGCGGGGGACAGGGGCGUCAAUAUGGAUGUCUCGCUCAUGGUGAACAAAGAUCCAGAGUACCACAGCAAAGUGCUACUAAUAUCUGAGGAGACUAGCUUAGAGUCCUGUUACCCAAACCCAUGUCUACACGAUGGAAGAUGUGCCACUGAUGAUGGAAGAAGUUACUGCCAGUGUUCAGGAUAUUAUGCUGGUUUGUUCUGCUUGGUGACGGCGUGCGAGCGGUCGCCGUGUCUGUACGGGAACUGUACGCUCGUGGCGGAGGGCGCGGGGGGCGCGGGGGGCGCGGGUGCCGGUGGCGAGGGGUUUGUGUGCGCAUGCGCGCGAGGGUGGCGCGGGCGGCGCUGUGCGGAGCGCGUGCGGCCGUGCGCGUCCAAGCCGUGCAACAACCGCGGCGCCUGCACCGAGCGGGACGGAGGGUUCCUCUGUCAGUGCAACCCGUCAUGGAAGGGCAAGAGAUGUGAGAUCCCAAAUCCGUCACCCAACAUCAUCAGCUUGGGUCAGCGCAUGCUCCAGGAACCGUUCUGGCUCGGCCUCAUCACUGUGUUUGUGGUGCUGGGUAUGAUCGGCCUGGUCUGGUGCGCCAAGCGACACUUCCCCGAGAAGAUCGAGAAGCUGUUGGCCGAGGAGGCUGACCGAUGCGCUAGACCGGGCGUGCUGCAGGACGCGGCGCCGCACCGCACGCUGCUGACGCGGCUGGGUAUCCGCAAGCCGUCGGUGUCGGGGCUCGCGCCACACCCGCGAGCCGCGCGCACCUUUAGCUUGGACGAUCUGUUAAAGCCGCCGCCCGGACGAACACCGUCACCUCGUAAAAAACGUAACAAUUCCACUCCAACUAAGAAAAACGCUGCUGAGAAAAAACAAAUUUUGCAACAACUGAUAAGCCCUGCAACAACUAAUGACCAUUCAAAGAAGAUAACGAUGGGAGAUCUGAUACAGAUGUCUGAGAAGCGGACGCUGAGUACAGUAGAAAGUGCACCCGCAUUCAUGGACUAUGGAAAUGAAAACAAAGAGACUUCGUUUGCAAGUGAAGCUUCUACGCCGUCGACGUCGCCUUCCAUGCGGCACAUUUCAGACCCUAAACUGGAAAAGAAAGUGACGUUUGCAAGACUACUGAACAAAGUAUCCGCUGAAAUGAGCUCUAGUUCCGACGUAGACAUGGUGAACACUAUCACCAUUCCUAUGGCGGUAAUAUCAGACAGAGGAAUGAAAGCAAAAGCGUCGAGUACACCGCCCUCGCCGGGAGUCGAAGUACGAUCCCCUCACAGUACAUCCAGCAACCAGGGAAGUGACUCGAUGUCGAGCUUGGACUUGACGUUGACGCACACUGCAUUGAAGAAAUAUUCGAGACAGCCAAAAAUCUCAAGCGCUGACUCCAUACUGGCGAUGUUCCGGAAUUUCUCAUCCUCGUCAGCAGCAAUAGUGUCGCGAGCGUCGUCAGGAGGAGUGUCCGUGUCCAGUACACCGUCAGCUUCAUCACCUCAGGAUGAUACAGUGGACGCGGACGACAUAUCCAUAGCAUCCUCACAUAUACCCUCACUGGCGCCAGACUCGCCUGUCACCAGGCCACAUAACACUAUUGAGAUCCAGGUUCUGGACCCUCUAAGUGCACACAAAUCUUCAUCAUCAGGUAGCAACCUACUUCAUCCACCGUCCAUACUCCUAGAAGUACCGAGUGGGAUCAACAAAUGCUUGUCCCCGAUACGAGAGCUCCCUACACCACUACCUACCCCCCUCCCGACACCCCUACCCACCCCUCUACCGUCCCCUAGACUGCCACGAGCUAGUAUUGAAAUGGAUGUUAAGAGCGAGUCUACAGCAACUGUCAUGUCACCCAGUGAAGAUGAGCUCGAUGAAAUUAAGUGCGAAACGAAGAGUGACAGACCAACUUCUGGUUUGCGAUUGAAGCUACGACCAAAUUUGCUGAGCACGGACACAGCCACUACGACGCCGACACCAUCGACACAUGUGACGUCAUCAGCCAGCCCGAGUUUGACCCACAGCCCUGCGUCGCCCCCUGGCGUGAUGCCGGGCGUGCUGCCAGGCGUGCUGGGCGGUGGUGUGCCGGCGCUGCGCGUGCCAGUGCUCCAAGUGCAGCGCGCGUCCCCCGGGUCGCCACCGCCCCGUCGUACGCCCCCGCACUUAGAGUUCCAGCCACCGCCCCUCAUUACCGUCACCUACAAUGCUAGCGAGGAGUCCGAUGAGCCAAUGUCCCCUAGACCACCCCCACCCUCUGGCAAUAUGUGCUACCUCAGUCCCUUCUCGAUGUCCGCGAGAGGAGAGCGAGCUCCUUCAGAAUCAAACCUAUCCUCGUCAGGGUACAGCUCUAUGGCGAGCCCUGGACCCUCGAGGUGUGGUUCUAGCAAUCCCCUAUGUCCUUCAGAAAUGGAAGACCCUGGGUCUGGUGGUGGGCCAUCCUGUUUUCAGUCCAGGAGACGACCGCUCAUGAAAACUAACUCCAGCCCUGCAGCUUCUAAUGAUGACAGUAAGGAACGUAGGCGAGGACGAUCUGACUCCGAGACAUUAUCCGACGACCCCCUAUUAGAGUCCAAUGACGAGGGCAUAGGUACAGACGAGAGAGUAGACGAUGUACCCACCAGCGCGAAAGAGAUGGAACUAGUCGCAUUAAAAGAGACUUUAGAGAUUCCACAAGCCACCCUGUGCUCCCCUAGUGGAGUGACCAAGUGUUCAAUAGUCAAAUGUGUUAGUGUUGAGAGAGGAUUAGACGAGAAGGCUAGUUUGAGGCCUCCCACUUUAAUAACUGAGGGUAGUAGGCCCUUGAGCCCAGUCAGUUCCAGGAGCGAGAGCCCGUUAAGUGACAAAACUGGUUUGGGAAGGUUUUCUCCACAAUUUUACGGUAGACAACUACCGUUUACAGAUUCUGACGGGUUGUACGACUUUCCGAGUUCGGAAUGUGUGAAAGGUGCCAACAACAAGUUAGGCAGUAACUGUCAGAAGAAGAGUGGCAGGAAGCGCGACCGCAGGAACACGCGCACCGCCUCGCAUGACGUCACAGGCAACAACAAGCCCACGCUGCCACACAUGCCGCACUCCAUGCACAACCUGUUGGAGGUUCCGGGCAGUCGUGACGGCGCGACCCGUGGUCGCAAGGGUGGCAGGCGUCGGUCCCGGUCCCAGGCGCCGGCACCAGCGUCGUCAUCAUCGUCUGAAGACUCAGUGUCCAAUGCCAGCGUAGCGUCAGUGGCCUCUGCCAGGGAACUGAGGUUACCUGAUAUGGACAUGCAGCCUUGUGAGCCGACGCGUUUGAGGAAACCGCUCAGGAGACAAAAAUGCCGUAGUUCCGAGGACACGUCGUCUAAAAUAUCUUCGAGUUUGGAUCUAACGGAGGAUUCCAGAAAACCACCAAAAGUCAACAAAUUGCGGACGAUAAGCAAUCAGAUAAGAUUUCUCCGACGGCUAGAGCGCAGCUUGAAAAUGAAAGAAAGUUACCCAGCUCUUUCCGACGACGAAGGAGACGAGUCAUCGAGCGUCACUUCACCCCUACUUCAAGGUCGGAAGGACUUAGGCCGACUUCCCAGCCACGCGAUAUCAGCUCCUCUACUUAGUGCAGUUAGACCCAAAAUUACUAGACAAAGACGUUACGAUAGGUCGUUAGUAAGUGAAGACACAAGGACUUUAAAUACUGCCGCAGGUCAAGACAAUUCUGACUGAAAUUAAACUAUUUGUGUUGAAUAGUGCUAUUUCAUUUGACUUACAGUAACACGGUUUUGUAGGUACAUACGUAUGUAUUUCUAAAUGAUUUUUUUGGAAAAAACGAUAGUCGCUAUGGUAACUGUUAAAAUUCGUCGACCUUUUGGACAUUACGAAUUAUCUCCAUGUUCACGAAAUAUCAAAUCGACAUGAGUAUACAAGAUUCUAAUCUAAUGUGAUAUAUUAAACUAAGCGACACAAAUACUAGAACGUUAUUGAUUUGAAGUAGAUUUAAUAUUUAGGAGAUUGAACGUUUUAAUUUCCUUCAGUUCACUUUUGAUGUCUCAAAGUACUCGUAAUUUAGCUUCAUGUUGUACAUAAUUUUCUCGAUAGCAAUAACUUAUUUGUACAAGAUUUUGUAGGAAGAAAUAUUUUACUAUAAGUAAUCGUAGUGACGUACUGUAAUGUAGGACACAAGUCAUCGCUAUCAUUUCUACUCCUUACCUUAAACUAAAUAGUUGUUUUAACAUAUAGUAUGUUUUAUAAAAGAUUACUUUCGCUUUAUUU